UCAUGCUGCUGCCAGGUCCAGAGUCUCUCAUGGGUCCCUGUACGGCCUCCCAUUGCUGCUGUCUCCAUCGCCACACUCUGCCAUGUGCCACUUUCAGGUCUCCUCACACUGCUGGUGUGUUCCAUUUUUUGUCAUAGGGUGCUGGCAGAUUACGGGCCUCCUAUAGCUGCUGCCAGGCCCCUAAUCUGCCAUGGGCCCCUAUACCGCCUCCUCAUGCUGCUGCCAGGUCCAGAGUCUCUCAUGGGUCCCUGUACGGCCUCCCAUUGCUGCUGUCUCCAUCGCCACACUCUGCCAUGUGCCACUUUCAGGUCUCCUCACACACUGCUGGUGUGUUCAAUUUUUUGAC